UUUUCUGAUAUGUAACUGUUUCUUUUCCUUUUAUAGCGUCUGUUCAUGGCGAGAAAGCGGUAGUUUUUAUACCCACGUUUGAAGAGAAGCCAGCGGGCGAUGGCGUCAUCUCCGCACACGUGAAAUAGAGAAUGAAUGCCGGAGAAAUUCCGGCAUCAUGGAGGCGGGGGUAUGAAGAAAAAGAGACCAUCUCGAGUCGUGGCGCUGCUGGAGGCCCGGGUACGAUGCCUCCUGCCCUAGACCGUUACGGCUCCGAGAUUGGGGCGGCUGAAACGGCCGGCGCCUACAAAGACGCAGCGCCGGAAAAGUAUUCCUGCGCGGGCCAUGGCUCGUUCCCCGCGAGUUGGGUUUCCUCCAUCCCAUGCCGUGGAUCGGAUGAGCUAUGGCUCGGCCUGGGCAGCCUGCGCCGAGCACGAGUAGGGGUCGACAACGACAAGAUAGGGCUGGGGGUAUCGGCAAGACAAUAA